CAAACGUGUAAUUUCAUUGGGCAAUUUGGAAUUUUUGUUUCUGUUUGAGGCUAAUAAAGAGAAAUUGCCGGUACGUUAUGUCACGAUGUCAACAGAAGGUGGCAGUACCAAAUGUCCGCCAUUUUGCUUAUAUUGUAAGGUGAUCAAACCAAAUAGGACACAUCAUUGUCGCAGAUGUAAUCGUUGCAUAAUUCGUAUGGAUCAUCAUUGUCCAAUUAUUGGUCAUUGUAUUCAUAUGCACAAUCAUAAAUUCUUCCUACUUUUCCUUUUUUGGUCAACCAUACUUUGUGGUUAUGUUAUUUGUAUCACGAUGCCAGCAUUAUAUCAACGGACAACAAUUGUUAUUUGGAGUUUUUCAGGAAUGAUAAGUGCAUUAAUGCCAAGGUAUGUACAACAAGCUCCACCAUCUAUUGAUGGACUUGUUGCAACAUGUUUGGUCGCUUCUGGUGUACUGAAUGCUUUGAUAUGUGGCAUUUCGCUUAGUAUAUUUUUGGGUCAAUUAACAUAUUCAUUAUUACGUAAUGAGACAACAUUGGAAAGUGUAUCAUUUCAAUUUUGUGGUACUAUCACCAAUGAUCGACAUACUAUCGGCAAUAUUUCCUAUGAUUUGGGUUCUACUUGGCAUAAUUUUUGCUCCAUUUUUGGUUAUAAUCCAUUAUUAUGGUUUUUACCAGUACAUACAACUUAUGGUAAUGGAUACUUUAAAGAAACUAAUCUGAAAAUGUUUCAUAAAAAGAAAAUAAACAGAUGA